AUGUGGAGGAAACGGUGGGUGCUUUUGUCUGGUGAUUGGGAAUCGCCAUCGGGACAUCCCGUCCGUUUCCACAUUCCCACCACCUUCCAAAUAGCUGGUAGGCCAUCGUACCGUUCGGUAGGUCUUCUAGUGUGUAGGCGUCUCUCAGGCUUCUCGGCGCCUUAUGCUUGGCCUCCAGGGGAAGAAAAAGAAAAGUCGGUAGCUGGAAGCGGUACCAGCGUCCUCGGGAGGAGUCGACCCCGAAGACUAAACCCUCGCCGACCAUCGUCUUCAGCUCAACGCUGGCUCGGUGCAGGCCGGAGCUACAACGGCCGAUCCGUCUCCUAG